AUGAGAUUCUUCUUCAUUUUGAUAUGCUGGUGGAGAAAGAAGAGAUUGAAGUUGGGUCUGAGGAAUCAGAAUGACUGUGGAGGAAAGAAGCUAUCAGAAGGAAAGCUCCCAUUUUUUGCAGCAGGUGUUAGUUCCGUCAUACAUCCGCGUAACCCAAAUGUUCCAACAAUACACUUCAAUUAUCGGUACUUUGAAGUUAAAGAAGAAGAUGGCACAAUCCAGUGGUGGUUUGGAGGAGGAACAGACUUGACUCCUUACAUUCUGGAUGAAGAAGAUUGCCGCCAUUUUCAUCAGACUCUAAAGCAAGCAUGUGAUAAACACAACCCAUCAUACUAUUCCAAGUUCAAGGAAUGGUGUGACAAAUAUUUCUUUAUCCAACAUAGAGGGGAAUGUAGAGGCAUCGGUGGAAUAUUCUUUGAUGAUGUUGACUCACCAAAUCAAGACAAAGCAUUUCAGUUUGUUUCUUCUUGUGCCAAGGCUGUAAUUCCCUGUUAUGUACCAAUUGUGAAUAAGAACAAAGAAAAAGGAUAUUCUUAUGCUGAUCGCCAGUGGCAACUUUUAAGGAGAGGAAGGUAUGUGGAGUUUAACCUCGUAUAUGAUAGAGGAACAAAGUUUGGUCUCUACACACCAGGAUCCAGACAUGAAAGCAUCCUAAUGUCUUUGCCACUAUAUGCUAAAUGGGAAUAUUGUCACAAGCCUGCUCCAGAAUCCAAGGAAGCUAAACUCUUGGAUGUUCUAAAAAAUCCACGAGACUGGGUGGAACUGAAGUUCUAGUCUUUCACAUGUUUGAAACUGAGUUAUGACAGUGUCUUGUGGAAUGACAUUCAACAGUAUUUCUACACAAGAGAACUAUGGGUUUUAUAGAGACAUCUUGUAGUUUAUAAGUAUUAUUAUUAUUAUUAUUACUGUUUUUGUCUGUGUAGGUUAUGCACUUCUAUUUGGAUAUUUUGGAUACAGUACUUAACCUCAUCUCACAUAAAUAGCUAUUCUCGUUCAGUGCUGCCCUCUAUAUGCAGAAAACUUUUAUGCAUGCCACAAGCCUUCUCUCUCCCCUCCAUUGAAAUUGACUGAUUCCAAUGCAUCUUUCAUGCAAGUCAUCAUGUGUCAACCCUCCACCAAUAAGAGUGAUAAUUUACUACUGUGGUAAAGUUUUU